AUGUUUGGAUCAGGUUCACGGAUGGCCCCUUACAAUCUGAAGGCACCAGAAGGAUGUGGACUGCAGAGACAUUACAGUCGGGAGCAGGAGUGGGACAGCAGCCCACGAGGGUCCUCUGUCCCUGGAAUCCUCCAGGAAAGAACACUGGAGUGGGUUGCCAUUUCUUUCUCCAAUGUAUGCUUGCAUGCCGAGUUGCUUCAGUUGUGUCCGACUCUGUGCGACCCCAUGGACAGCAGCCCACCUGGCUCCUCUGUCCACAGGAUUCUCCAGGUAUUCCGAUCAUUCUGGCAUUCUCCUUCCAGCUCUUUUAAGAUGGAGAGAAUUGAGAAAAUGUCAUCUUAG